AUGCCCGUCCGCGAGCUCGCCUGCCUCCGGCUCAAAAACGGCCAACCCAUCACAGCCCCAGCAAAUGAGGACACACUGCGCAAGCUGCGCGAGGGAAUCCCAGAACAAGCACGAUACACGAACUCGCCCACACACGUGCUAUCGCAGAUCGAAGAUCCGAGCGUGUUCUACAUCCUCGGGAAAUGGGCGUCUGUCUCGCGGCAUGUCGACGAGUGGAUUCCGUCCGAGACGAAUCAGGCGAUUAUGGGUGGUUUGGCGGCGGAUGUGGAGCUCGUUUUCUUGGAACAUCUUCACAUCCCUUCGUCGGAUGCAACGGGGAAUCAGGAGGAGCGUCCGCUUAAGGCUGAUGUUGUUGCUAUUGGGAGGUAUUUCCUCUCGGAUGGCGAUAAGGAGGCUUUCCAGCGGACCUUAUAUGAAACGAAGCAUCAUCUUGAGGAAUUCAAUGGGAGCAAGGGGAUAUGGGGCGCGUGGAGGGAGGAUAAGGAGGCUGGUGAGGAGGGGAAUUCGAAGGAGGAGUUCGUGUUGUUUUUCGGGUGGGAGAAUGUCGAAAAGCAUAUGCAGUUUGCGGAGAGUGAAGGGUUCAAGGAGUUUGCGAGGAUCAAGGCGUUCCUUCAGGGGGCAGAGAUUAGGCACGCGACGCUGGUUUUCUCGGAGCCCCCAUAA